AUGUUGUUUAAUGUCAUUGUUCACACCAACACAAAAGCUCGGUCAAAUGUAGAAACCCAUUGUGAGUAUGAACCUCAUCUUUGUAGACGAGGUGGAAAAGAUUUAUUCAACUUAUGUGUGCAUGAACAAACUCAUGCUGAAAAGAAACCCUAUAUUUGUAAAGAUUGUGGGAAGGCUUUUUUGUAUUCAUCUACUUUACAAACGCAUGUGCGAAUUCAUACUGGAGAGAGGCCUUAUAUUUGUAAAGAAUGUGGUAGGGAAAUUAUCACUGUAUCUAAUUUACAUAGGCAUGAGCAAACUCAUAAUGGAGAGAAGCCUUAUAUUUGUAAAAAAUGUGGUAAAGCAUUUUCGCAAUCAUCUACGUUAAAUGUUCAUGAGCGAAUUCAUACUGGAGAAAAGCCUUGUGUUUGUGAACAAUGUGGAAAAAGAUUCUCAAACAUAUCUGAUUUACAUAGGCGCGAGCGAACUCACACUGGAAAGAAGCCUUAUGUUUGUAAACAAUGCGGCAAGAACUUUUCGCAAUCAACUGGUUUGCACGUGCAUGAGCGAACACAUUCGGAAGAGAAACCUUAUGUUUGUAAACACUGUGGUAAAGGUUUUUUGCACAUAUCUAAUUUACAUAUCCAUGAGCGAAUUCAUACCGGAGAAAAGCCUUAUGUUUGUAAAGAAUGUGGGAGUAAAUUUCCUCAUGUAUCAAGUUUACAUAAACAUGAGCAAACUCAUCGGACUGGAGAGAAACUUUAUUUUUGUCAACAGUGUGGAAAGUUUUUUUUUGCGAUUAUUCAAUUUACAAGUGCAUGAGGAAACUCAUACUGGAGAGAGGCCUUAUGUUUGUAAACAAUGUGGUAGUGAAUUUUCGCAUGUAUCGAGUUUACUUAGGCAUGAGCA